UUCCACAAAUUUCACCUCAUUGACUGAAAAUCUGAAAUACACACUUCUUCACUUUCUCUCUCCUUCCUCUCUCCCUGUUUCAUUGCCAAUUUUGGCAAAACAAUUCACAAGCGCAAUUCUGUAACAAAUCAAAAACCCUAUAAAUCUCUUACACUCUCUUCUUCCUUCAUCUCUAUGUAAAUACUCUCAUUUUUCAUCUCGUAUUCGCUACAUUCUCUUCAAAAUUAUGUGAAUUUCCUCUAAGAACUGUUUGAUCAUCGUCUUCUUCCUUCGUUUUCGUCUGCAUUCUUCACCAGAUUAGCAUUUUUUCUUCUGAUUUUACGAUUUUUUUGAGAAUUUGUCGAAGAAUGAGUUGCGUGUCUUGCGACAGCGAAUGUCGGACCUCAGCAGCAGCUUUCGAACCGAUUGAAGUUUCUGGAGAAUUCCGGAAGAUUUCGUAUACAAGAGAUUACUUGUUGUCUCUCGUUGAAGUGAAUGUUCCGAAAUCGUUGCCUACUGGAUUUGAUCGGUCUAUCCUCAGUGAGCUGGAUGAUGCUUGCAAGAGUGAAUGCGAGCACCAGAAACUACCGGGUAACGAGUCACCAUUUACUGGCAGGACAUUGGUUGAUUCUAGUCGAAGUUCAUCUGAAAAAUGGGGUGGUUGUAAGUUGAGCUCAGAAGACAGCAAGUCGACAGGAUGCAAAGUCGACAGGUUUCUUUACAAGAGCGCACCUGAGAACCAGAAAUUUCCUCUUCUCGAGUCACCAUUCACUGGCAAGAUAUAUAGUGAUUCUAGUCGGGAUUCAUCUGAAAAAUGGGGCAGUUGUAAAUUGAGCUCAGAAGACAGCAAGUCCACAGGAUGCAAAAUCAACAGGUUUAUUUGCAAGAGUGCACUUGAGCACCAGAAACUACCCCUUCUUCAGUCACCAGUCACUGGCAAGAUAUGUAGUGAUUCUACUCAGGAUUCGUCUGAAAAAUGGGGCAGUUGUAAGUGGAGCUCAAAAGACAGCAAGUCCACUGAUGAGGGUAAAUUCCUUAGCAAUCAAUCUAAUCGUUUCUGGCAAAAGCCUGAAAGUACUGCCAUUUUGGGAUCAGUGCAAAACUCUGAACAAAGUGGCGUUCUAGGAAGCUGGUCUGCAUCAAAGCUACUUUCACCCGGACCUGAAGUGGCAAUUUUAAAACCUCCAGGAACUGAUAGUUGUCUACUGAGUAGGUGGAAAGAACCAUAUCGUCCUCCCCCCUUUUAUAAGGCAAUGAAUCAUUCAGGGUUACCAAAUCAUGACACCUCUAGCAAUGAAACACCAGUCUGUGCUGAAUGCUCAAGCAAGGAGAGGGCAAUGGAGGGAAGUUGGAGGAAAGAUACUUGUCUAGUGCUCGAUGAGCAUCCAACGGUGCCAGAAAUAACCAGCCAGAAAAAUCCCUCACCUGUCUCUCCUGCUAUUUGUGGAUCAGUAGUACACCCCUGUUAUGGGGAGGCUUCCGAAGAGUGUCGUACAGAAGAAUCUCCUGAUCAUCACCUUCUGACACAGGAUCCAGUGGUGCAACAGUUGCCAUCUAAGAGCCAGUUGAUUAAGAUGGAUUCUGGAUUGGAGAUUGAUGUAGAGGAGUUGCAGGGUCAAAUUUUGGAGGGAGGUCGGUUCUCUGCCCUUAUCAAUUUAAAAGAAGCAGAGGAAAUUGAUGCUUACUUUCUUGACGAGAAACAUGAUGUCCUGGUGGAUGAUGGCAGAAACAGCUACAGAACUAAAUCAAAAUUUAUACACUGGUUUCCAGAAAAUGAUGAAGCUAAUUGUAACGUCUCACCGGGGGCUGAGAAAGAUGGGUGGAAAGUUUGGGGAGCACCUACUAGAAAGUCAACGAAGGAGAAUCAUUCAGGUCAAAGAAAACCAGAGGAGGCAUCAACUUAUAGUCAGAAAGCUCCAUGUAGCAAGAAAAUAGAGGCUGAUGUUUUGGAUUGCCUCGGCUCUGACCAUAUCGAGCCAAACAAUUCCUAUCCCGAUGACAUCAGUUAUGAUUCUGGGAGCAUUCAAGAGUCGUACGAGUUGGAUAAAGUAACUGAUAAUGCUGAUUUAAGUUUGGAACUCAAUCUACCUGAUGAGGAUAGUUUGAUUGCUAUUGAUGACAUCUACAUCUUCAAACAAGAAGAGCCAAAUCCUCCCAAAAUCACUACGAGAGGUGGAAGAGUUUCUCCUUCUCCUGACCCAUCUCCUGACCCAUGGUUCCAUGAAUCUCGGAAAACACGGUCAGAAAAUGUUCAGCAAAAUUUGAGCUUUCCUGACCCAUGGUUCCAUGAAUCUCAGAAAACAGGAUCAGAAAAUGUUCAGCAAAAUUUGAGCUUUCCUGACCCAUGGUUCCAUGAAUCUCAGAAAACAGGAUCAGAAAAUGUUCAGCAAAAUUUGAGCUUUCCUGACCCAUGGUUCCAUGAAUCUCAGAAGUCAGGGUCAGAAAAUGUUCAGCAAAAUUUCAACUUGCCUGACCCAUGGUUCCAUGAAUCUCAUGUCAAUGCCCCACCCACAUUUCAUUAUCCAUUGAACCGUUACAAUCAUUAUAAUCCAUACGCUUUCAUCCCACCUACCUUUGGACACCAGACACAAAAUUAUGAACCAAUUCAGAAUUUCCCCCAACCAAGAAUGUCACAUGCUGAUGAUGACUAUUGCCCUGAACUUGACAAAAUUCUUUCAACUGAUCCCUCAAACUAUCAUCAGUUUCUUCAGACCCCGUGUUGCGAUUCGGAGCCUAACGUGUUAAGAAGUAUUCCUCUCAAUUAUCAGACAAAUGUAAAAUCAACCAUGGAUAUGGGAAAGAGAGGUUUUCUUGCUAACGAGAGAGUCAAGUCUGCAAUUAACCAUUACCUCCACAUACAAAGGAUGCUGGCACAAAGGAAUCUUGAAGCAGCAGAGCAAAGGGCUUACAGUCAAGCACUCAGCAACCGUUUCUGGUAAACUUUCAUUGGUACAUAAGCAUUAAGCAAUAGUUCUUGUAGAAAUUGGGUAUAGUGUAGAACAGAAUGUCGUUACAGAUCAGUAAAAAAGUCCAUGCUUUUUGUUGGAGUAAGAAAAUGUAGAGGGAAAAGGGAAAAAAUGGAUCCAUUUAAACUUAGUAUAACAAAGUAAAAUCUUGUUGUCUGUAAAGAAAAUGCAGUGUGAAGAGCAAAAAAAAAAAGGGUAGGAGAAAAGGUAAGGCUUUAGGUCAAAUAUUAGCGUUAGUAACCCCUUGAUGUCCAUAGCAGGUCUAUCGUACAUAAACCCCAAAGCAUAUGUUCUCAAUGAACAUUGUUGUUCACUUUUGUUAAUUUGUAUAGGCAAAUCCUUUGGUCUUUGUUUUUUGUUCUGGUCUAUCUCUUGUUUUUGUAUCUGUUUUGAAUGAAACAAUGCUUACUUCGAAGAUCAAGUUCGAACUGCACAAUACUUGUAAAUUGUAUUGAUGUGCACUGCAGUGGAGUGUGCUACAA